AUGAGAGUGCCUACCACUCCUGGUUCCUUCGCCACCGGGCAGACCACCGCGUCUGCAGCUGGCGACAAGCCUGGCAGCCCUGCCGACGCAGCCUAUACAAACUCUCCUGUCAUAUUUUCUUCAGCUCUCAUUCACCUCCACUCACCUACAAAAGCCACAUUCCCAAUCAUCUCCCCACCUACUCCACCUCAAGCAUCACCCAACAUCACCCUGAUAUCCUCUGUCAGACUCACCGACUAUACACCCAUGACCCAAACUCUCGCGCAGUUCAUCUACCCGGUCGGCUCCGUCUGGCCCAGGGUGUACUAUGUGGCUUAUGAGGAAGCGGUGAGAAAGCGAAUGGAAGGAGGAAAAGGCGAAAUGAAGCUGGAGAGAGGAACAAUGUUGAGCGACUUGAGGAACGGGAGGGUGGUUUCGAGAUGGACAUCUCUGUCAGCUGAGCAGACGGUCAGAAUUGAUUGGGAAGGGGUCCGAUGGGUCGACACAUGA